AUGGAGGCGCUGGAAGCUGUUAAGAAUGCUGAAGGGAUGAAAAAAGAACUGGAGGAAAACGAUCUGCUUAGAAAAGACAUAAAAAACCUCGUCGGUUACGUAACACCGUACAUCCCGCUCAUCGGAAUACUAAGUGGUGGAAUUACCGUCGGAAAAGACGUGAUCAGUACAAGGGUAGGCUGUCCGGAAAAGGAAGAAUAAAGAAAGUUGAGUCAGCAGUUUUUUUUUAAAAAUUUUUUAAAUUAUUUUAUAUAAUAAAAAGGUAAUGAAUACCUACAGGAAAGUCCAAUUGUACUUCGAAUGUUCCCAAGAAAUGAUGGGGUUCAUAACGGAAAUAUGUGAAGACACAUCCUUUAACGACGCCGGUUUUACCUAUCUGAACGAAGGAACCGGUUGGGAAGUUGACACCAGGUUCUGGCUCGUAGGAGAAGCGGGCGCUAUAAUUAUGGGUGUGAACGCAAUUCCUUCCGGUCCUCCGAUAGGUGUUGUCGUUUUCCUCAACGUACCGGAGGAUGCGACGCUUGCGGAAAUAAACAACUUCACGCUGGACGGUCCGGAGUUCAGUAUUAAUUUGGGACGACCCGUCGAUUUCGCAGAGUCGUGGGUGUUUUCCAUACCGUCCUUACGUGCCCGUUCCUAUGGUAUGGGAAAUCUGUUCAGAAUACGGUGGAGUGAUCGAUCGGUUAUGCCUGCUGAGUACAAAAACAGCUUACCCGUCAGCGGUAUUGAUGUCCUCUAG